AAACAAAGGAGGAGGAUAGAUGAUUGGUGCUUCAAUAUGGCCUAGAGCUCGUGUAGGACGGAGUUCUAGCAGCGCUGUUCGUCCACUCCUCCCCUCUUUCGCGUUUUCUGGCGGAUGGAUGCAUGUUCCCGUUACGAUAGGAAUGCCUACAGCCCCAACUAUCCACUGCUACCAUGCGACGAUCCCACUCUUCGGCCGCAAAGGCGGUGCCUCUGCUCUCAGCCCAAAGAGGAAUACGUCUCCCUCCACGCAAAGAUGGAUGCGCCGAGGAGCUCCCCCAUCGAGCAGCACUGGAGGACGUGCUCGUGAAGGACAAUUACGAAGACCUUUUCUGCAUCCAUCACAGCGCACCACGCUGCCCGCGGUAAACGAUGCGUCCGAAUUGAUCGACCCGGAUUUUGAGCUGAUGAUGAGUGAGCUCAUGCGUCCAAUACCCUCCACGGGCGGAAAUGCGUCGUUGCAAGAUGGAGGGAAAGAAGGAAGAGAGGGGGCAAUAAGCAAUGACGAAGUUCUCUCCAAGGAAGAGGCCCUUCGGCGCCUGGACCUAGACAGAAAAUAUGCCGACAUGAUGAGGCGGGAGGCGCGGGGCAGCGUGGCGGUGGGGCCCUCUGGCUCGCCUACAGCGCUUCCUUCUCCCUCCCCUUCCUCCCUGGAUGCCAACGUUCUCCCUUCUUCCUCCCCUCCUGCUUUCCAAUGCGCCAUUGCCGAGUACAACCGUCUCCUGCGGGCUUACGGGGUGCAAAAUCGCCUCCCCGAGGCCCAGGCACUCCUUCGAUCCUUGCUCUCGCGUCAAGCCCCUGUUUCUUCCCAAACCCUCACCGCCUACGUCUACGCGUGCUCCGCCUGCCAACCCCCGGCUCCCGAGGCCGCAGAAUCCGAGAUGCAGGCCUGGGAGAACAACGGCCUUCCCUCUCCGGACGCCUGGACGUGGGCCACGCUGGUCAGUGCCUACGUUCGCGCCGGUCGACGGGAAGAGGCUUUGGGAACUUUCCAACGGAUGAAACUCGCCGGGCACCCGGAGAACCUGGCGGCGUGCACGAGCGUAUUGCAAGCCUUGGGUCAAGGGAGGGGGAGGAAAGAUCGGGAGGCCAUGCUGGAUUUCUGGAUUGAUAUGCGGGUGGCGGGGGUGGAGCCCGACGCCGUCGCCUACACAGUGUUGCUGCAAGCCACCUGCGUGUCUACGGGCGACCUGGAGCGAGGCCUGUCGUAUUUGGACGAGAUGGAGCAACUCUCGGUGCUGCCGACCUUGCAUGUUUUCAACACGCUUCUUUUCACGGCGGCGCGAGCUCCCUUGUGGUUUCCAGGCUACAGUGCUCUGCUCUACGAGCUGCUAGCGCGCUUGGAAUCGAGCGGAUGGGCCCCCGACGCCGUGACGUAUCAAGGCCUGGUCCGCAUCUGUGCACAGGCCGGGAACCCGCUCUUGGCGGAGCGGUACAUUGAGCGGAUGCAGGAGGAAGGGUGGGGGGUAACAAGGGGAGUGUACCACGAAUACCUCCGGGCAUUGGGGAGAGGGCAGUCGGCAGGAGUGAAAGGGGGGGGGAUCCCAAAGGUGACAGGGAUGGAGAAGGAGCCGGAAAGGGAGAUGGAUGAUGAGGAAAUCGACCUACGGGCUCGGUCCCGGCGGCGGUUGCCAGGGCAGGGGAAACGGGUGCGACGGGCAGAGAAGUUGCUGGAGGCCCUGCGGCAGGGAGGGAAGGAGGGCGGGAAGGAGGGCGGGAGAGAGGGAAGGGAGGUGCAGGGGCCCCAAAGGAAGGUAGACGCCUCGUCCCUUUUGAUGAGUUACGACGGCGGGGAAGAGGAUGCCGGGGGCCGGGAAAAAGAGGAGGAUGCGACAGGGAAGGAUGCUGAUAAAUCCAUAAAUCCUGGGGGCAGCCUGCUGCCCACCGAGGUGGAAACCAUGCGGGGCCACGACAGCGACCACUUGGUGCUUCAGGGAGGCUUGUUGCAAAGGUUUCCCUCCGAGCGGGCUCGGAUCCAGUUGGAGGGGCUCUUGCCCUUUGCAGAGGGCGUGCGCGAGGUCGACUGGGUGCGGUCCCGGAUACCCGGAGGGGUGACCGUGAAGGACAUGCAGGAAAAAUACAUUCAAGCCGCGGAUGCCGUCCUUCGUGCGAUGGAACAACGGGGCUUGACACCGACGACGGAGACGAUGAAUUUGUAUUUAAGUGUGUACACGGAGGGGUUGCGCAUUCAACGGGCCUGGGGUGUGUGGCGGGAGCGGUUCGAG